AUGGCUGAGAAAAGUUCCUCUAGCGAUGACGCAGAGCCCAAGUACGAGUAUCCGUCUGGGCUGGCGGUCACCCUGAUCCUCACAUCAGUUACCCUGGCCUAUUUCCUAUUCUUCCUCGACCUUGCCGUCCUUUCCACUGCCACGCCGGCCAUUACCUCCGAGUUCGACUCGUUGGUGGAUGUCGGUUGGUAUGGCGGCGCCUACCAGCUUGGAAGUGCAGCGUUCCAGCCUUUGACCGGCAAGAUUUACAGCCAGUUUUCCAUCAAGUGGACCUUCCUUGCCUUUUUUAUUCUCUUCGAGAUAGGGUCUGCGAUCUGCGGAGCGGCGCAGUCGUCGCCCAUGUUCAUCGUCGGCCGCGUCAUCGCAGGCGUCGGAUCUGCUGGUGUGGCCAACGGCGCAGUGACGACCAUUUCCGCUGUCCUUCCAACAAAGAAACAGGCACUUUUCAUGGGGCUCAACAUGGGUAUGGGCCAGUUGGGCCUGGCGACGGGGCCCAUCAUCGGAGGGGCUUUUACCACAAACGUGUCCUGGCGGUGGUGCUUUUACAUCAAUCUCCCUCUGGGCGUUGUCGUCGGCGGAUUUCUUCUCUUCCACACGAUUCCCGAACCGAAACCCAAGAGUCCGCCCCUGGAGAUUCUCGGCACCGCCAUCAAGUCUCUGGAUCUUCCCGGUUUCAUGCUCAUCUGUCCCGCGGUGGUUAUGUUCCUCUUGGGGCUACAGUUUGGCGGGAACCAACACCCUUGGAACAGUUCCGUGGUAAUCGGCUUGCUAGUCGGCGCUGCCGUCACCUUCGGCCUCUUCCUGGUCUGGGAGCAUCGUCGAGGAGACAAGGCCAUGGUGCCAUUUGCCAUGCUCAAACACCGCGUCAUCUGGUCGACCGCAAUGACCAUGUUCUUCAGCCUGUCCAGUGUCCUGGUGGCGGAUUUCUACAUUGCCAUUUACUUCCAGGCAAUCCGCGACGACUCGCCCUUGAUGAGCGGCGUGCACAUGCUCCCAGUCACGCUCGGCCUGGUUCUCUUUACCGUGGUCUCUGGCGCCCUCAUCUCCAUUUUGGGCUACUAUCUUCCCUUUCUUCUUGCCGGCGGUGCCAUCUCGGCAGUGGGCUACGGGCUCCUGUCGACCCUCAAUCCUACGACCUCGGUUGCCAAAUGGAUCGGGUACCAGAUUCUCUACGGUGUUGCAAGUGGUUGCACGACGGCAGCUCCCUACAUAGCUAUCCAGAACCUCGUGUCUCCAGCGCAGAUCCCUCAGGCCAUGGCGAUUAUCAUUUUCUGGCAAAACAUUGGGGCGGCUACCUCUCUGAUCGCCGCAAACGCCAUUUUCAGCAACAGCCUUCGUCAUCAGCUUCAGGAGCGUGUGGCAGAGAUCGGCCUCGCGCCAGACGCCAUCGUCGCUGCGGGAGUCCGCUCCAUCCGGGACCUGGUGUCUGGCUCGCAGCUGGCUGCGGUGCUUGAGGCCUACGCUAAAAGUAUCGACCACGUCAUGUACCUCGGUCUGGCGGUCAGCCUUGCGGUCUUGAUCUUUGCUCCGGGACUCGGAUGGAAGGAUAUUCGCAAGGUCAAGGAUCUUCAGGUUAUUGGCAGCGAGUCCGCUGACAGUGGUGAUCAAGAGUUGGUUGAGACGAGUAGAGUUAUCCCAGCAAUGGCUUAG